AGUUGGUUUCGUAAACUUACGACAAAAUGAUCGCAAAAGUUUUAUUAACAACUCUUGUUGUAGUACUAGUUGCGGUCAACGCCGAAGGCGACCAACCCAUCAGCAACAUAUACGCAGAAAAACUCCUGCAAGCGCUCCAGCCAAAACCACAAAAUGGCCAGGACCCGGCUGAAGCCACCAAGCCCCUCUUAAACUGGUUGAACCAACUAAUAGAAUCCAUCAAAAACCAGAACCCGCCGACCCAAACCAAGGUUCAAUUGCCUCAAAACCUCGAUGUUCCAUCCAUAAUGUCGAAAUUCUCCCGUUCGCUGGACCAGCCGACGGCUCUACAAGACCGAGCCCUGCUUAACAUCAAGACUUCUACUCAGCUAAACGAAAUUGUCAAGCAAGUAAUCGAAUUCUUUUUGGUCCAUUACGAGGAAAUCGUCGGCGCUUGGUUGUUAUCACCUGUUAGAACUUUGGCCGAUUUGGCGGUCAACUGGCUUUUACCCUGCGGUCUCCAAUGCACUUACCUAGCCGAAGAUACUGGUACUUAUUAAGCGAAUGUAUACAACAAUAAAUAAUUUCAAUAAAAUGAAAGUUU